AUGAAGGUGGAGGAGUUGAUUAUUGAUGGUUUCAAAUCGUACGCUACAAGAACGGUCAUUACUGACUGGGAUCCUCAAUUCAAUGCCAUUACGGGUUUAAAUGGGUCUGGUAAGUCGAACAUCUUGGAUGCCAUUUGCUUCGUGCUGGGUAUAGCAUCAAUGAGCACUGUUCGAGCAUCGAGUUUGCAAGACCUGAUCUAUAAGCGUGGCCAAGCUGGUGUUACAAAGGCAAGCGUAACCAUCGUUUUUGAUAAUACCGAUAAAUCAAAUUCUCCCAUUGGGUUUACUAACUCCCCCCAAAUUUCUGUUACAAGGCAAGUUGUGCUUGGUGGAACUUCCAAGUAUCUGAUAAAUGGGCACAGGGCACCCCAACAAUCCGUUUUGCAAUUAUUUCAAUCCGUGCAGUUAAAUAUCAAUAAUCCUAAUUUUUUAAUCAUGCAAGGUAAAAUUACAAAGGUUUUGAAUAUGAAACCCUCAGAGAUUUUAUCAUUGAUCGAAGAGGCAGCUGGGACAAAGAUGUUCGAAGAUCGUAGGGAAAAGGCAGAAAGAACAAUGUCUAAGAAGGAAACUAAAUUGCAAGAGAACAGGACUCUUUUAACCGAAGAGAUUGAACCUAAACUGGAAAAACUUCGAAACGAAAAGAGAAUGUUCCUAGAAUUCCAAUCUACUCAAACUGAUUUGGAGAAAACCGAAAGAAUUGUGGUAUCUCAUGAUUACUAUAACAUUAAACAUAAGCAUACAUCGAUAAGAGAAACCUUAGAGAAUGGUGAGACCCGUAUGAAAAUGUUGAAUGAAUUUAUUGAGAAAACCACCCAAGAAAUUGACAGUCUGAACGAAGAUGUUGAGGAAAUCAAGCUUCAGAAGGAAAAGGAACUAGACAAGGAGGGUACAAUUUCCAAGUUGGAAAAUAAGGAGAACGACCUUUUAAAUGAAAUUUCUCGUUUGAAAACUUCACUUUCGAUAAAAGUGGAAAAUUUAAAUGACACUAGUGAAAAAUUAAAAGUUCUAGAAUCAGAAAUUGCAAGCUCCUCUACAAAACUAACUGAAAAGAAAUCGGCAUACGCCAACACCGAAAAGGAUUAUAAAAUGGUACAGGAGCAGCUCAGUAGACAAAGGGAUCUUUAUAAACGGAAAGAAGAAUUAGUGUCCACUUUAACCACGGGUAUUUCAUCGACUGGUGCCGCAGACGGCGGUUAUAAUGCACAGUUGGCCAAAGCAAAGACUGAGUUGAACGACAUUUCCCUGGCGAUAAAGAAAUCAAACAUGAAAAUGGAGCUGUUGAAGAAGGAGCUGUUGACUAUUGAACCUAAAUUAAAGGAAGCCACAAAUGAUAACAAAUUGAAUAUGAAGCAUGUUAAAGAAUGUCAAGGAAUUUGUGAUAAACUGCAAGCCCAACUAGUCGAAUAUGGAUUUGAUCCAUCGCGAAUUAAAGAUUUAAAGCAAAGGGAGAAUAAAUUGAAGAGUCAAUAUUACCAAAUAUGUAAGGAUUCUGAAUAUUUAAAAAGGCGCGUGACAAACCUGGAAUUUAACUAUACGAAACCUUAUCCUGAUUUUAAAGCCAGCUUUGUCCAUGGCGUGGUGGGUCAACUUUUCCAAUUAGAUGAUGAUAAUAUUCGUUAUUCUACUGCUUUGCAAACGUGUGCUGGAGGCAGGCUUUUCAAUGUCGUUGUACAGGACUCCCAGACGGCCACUCAGCUGUUGGAAAGAGGAAGGUUACGCAAGCGUGUUACCAUCAUACCUCUUGACAAAAUAUACACAAGACCAAUAAGCUCCCAAGUACUUGAGCUAGCCAAGACGAUUGCUCCAGGCAAGGUUGAGUUGGCAAUAAAUUUAAUAAGGUUUGAUAAAUCUGUCACCAAAGCUAUGGAAUUUAUUUUUGGAAAUAGUUUGAUCUGUGAAGACCCGGAAACCGCAAAGAAAAUUACCUUCCAUCCAAAGAUCCGUGCUAGAAGUAUCACGCUUCAAGGUGAUGUGUAUGAUCCAGAAGGUACAUUGUCUGGUGGUAGUAGGAAUACCUCUGAAUCGUUAUUAGUUGAUAUUCAAAAAUACAAUCAAAUUCAAAAACAAAUUGAGACCAUUCAGGCUGAUCUUAAUCAUGUCACAGAGGAGCUACAGACGCAAUAUGCUACAUCGCAAAAAACAAAGACCAUUCAAAGUGAUUUGAAUCUUUCGUUGCAUAAAUUGGAUUUGGCUAAGCGUAGUCUCGAAGUGAAUCCGUCUUCCCAAAUAAUGGCUAGGAACGAAGAAAUUUUAAGAGAUAUUGGAGAGUGCGAGAAUGAAAUCAAAAUCAAGCAAAUGAGCUUACAAAGAUGUCAAGAAGAAGUUUGGACUAUUGAAAAGGACAUGAAGGAAUAUGAUAGCGAUAAAGGAUCCAAGUUGGAUGAAUUGAAGAAGGAAUUAAAACUAUUGGCUAAAGAAUUGGAAGAGCAGGAAUCAGAGUCAGAACGUAAAUAUGACUUGUUUCAAAAUUUUGAAUUAGAAACAGAGCAGUUGAGCUCCGAAUUAGAUUCUAAUAAGGCGUUGUUGCAGAACUAUGUGAAAUCUAUUGAAAGUUUAAAAUUGGAAAAUUCUGAAUUGGAAGACAAAAUACGAGGCAUUGAAGAUGAUCUUGUAACAAUCCAAACAGAACUGAACGAAGAAAAGAAAAGGUUGAUGGACAUUGAUGAUGAAUUAAAUGAGUUGGAAACAUUGAUAAAGAAAAAACAGGAAGGGAAAAAAAGCAGUGAAUUAGAACUACAAAAACUGGUCUAUGACUUAAAUAAAUACAAGUCUAAUACGAAUAAUAUGGAAAAGAGAAUUGAAGAGCUGCGACAGGAACACGAUUUUCUGGAGGAUUUUGAUCUAGUGACAAAUAUCGUCAAGCAAAAUGAAGGUAUCGACUUAGCUACUUAUAGAGAGAGGAGUAAACAAUUGAACGAGAAGUUUCAAGAGCUUAGGAAAAAGGUUAAUCCAAAUAUUAUGAAUAUGAUAGAAAAUGUUGAGAAAAAGGAAGCAGCAUUAAAAACAAUGAUUAAAACGAUUGAAAAAGAUAAAAUGAAAAUUCAAGAGACUAUAUCGAAGUUGAACGAAUAUAAAAGAGAAACUUUAGUCAAAACAUGGGAAAAGGUGACACUUGAUUUUGGUAAUAUUUUUGCAGAUCUUUUACCAAACUCAUUCGCCAAGUUGGUUCCAUGCAAAGAUAAGGACGUAACGCAGGGUUUAGAGGUUAAAGUGAAGCUUGGUAAUAUAUGGAAGGAAAGCUUAAUUGAAUUGUCCGGUGGGCAAAGAUCCUUGAUUGCUUUGUCGUUGAUUAUGGCAUUGUUACAAUUUCGACCAGCGCCCAUGUAUAUCUUAGAUGAAGUUGAUGCUGCUCUUGAUUUAAGUCAUACACAAAACAUAGGUCAUUUGAUCAAGACAAGGUUUAGAGGAUCUCAGUUUAUUGUAGUCUCGCUUAAGGAAGGUAUGUUUACCAAUGCUAAUAGGGUCUUCAGGACGAGAUUUCAAGAUGGUACUUCCGUAGUUAGUAUAAUGUGA